AUGCUCCCUGCAGAGCGCACAAUCUCCUUUGGAGAGCAUGUGUACACUGGUCCUAUCGCCAUUGAGUUCGCCAAAGAAGGGACUGACAUUGUGCUGAUCGUCAAGGCUCUGCUCAACGUCAAGGUCGACACUCAGCCCGAGCCGCUCAAAUUCUCUCUCGGUCUCAAAGCCGGCACCACCGGAGCAGCCGCCUAUGCCACCAUGCUCAACGAAUGGGCCAACCCUGCCAAGAUGGGCAAAGAGAUAAAGAUUAAAGGCUGCUCUCUCGAAUUUGGCAUCGUCUACGCUACCUUCUUCACGACCGGCGUACCUGGUGCUAUCGGCUUCGCAGGACAGCUGAUGCUUGGCCAGAAGGAGGCCAAGCUGGCCAUGAAGCUUAGCCAGAAUCCAAAGGAUCAGGUGCUCGCCGCGUCCGUGACCGACCUCGGGGUCGUUGACCUGGUCCAGUUCGCUUCCAAGGUCUGCGAGAUAGACUUCCCCAAGCCGCCCAAGGAUCUACUGCAUUUCAACAAAUUCGACUUGUAUCUCUCCACCGGAGCCUCCAUUGGAGAGAUCUACUUCCCUGCUGGAGCCUCUCUCAGCGGAGAUAUGCUCAUCCUGGGCAAGAAGGCUAAAUUUGACUGCACCGUUGGUGGCAAGGGCGUCAAACUCAUGGCUACAAUCGAGCAAUUUGAUCUCGGUCCUCUGAAAGUCAAGGGAGCGACGGGUAAGGAC